GUGUGUGAGGUGCCACAUCGGAGCACAACAAUGUGUCGGAAAAUGAGCAUCAUGCUUCGGAUCCUGCUGCAGUUGUUCGCCCUCGCUUCGUGUUCUCCCCCCCGGUGUGACCCGAGAGUCAGAGGACUGUGCAAGCCGACCGUGCAAGUCAAACCCAAAUGCACGGAUGUCUCCCUGUCCUACUGCGACGACAUGGCCUACACUCACACCAUGUUCCCCAACAUCCUGGGCCACAAGAGCCGUGAAGACGCCGAGGGCGGCGCCGAGUACCUCCUCAUGAGCGUGGUGGAGUCCCUGCUCGGCGGCGAGUGCAACCCCGAGAUCCGCAUGCUGGGCUGCUCGGUGCUGGCCCCCCGCUGCGAGAACGCCAAGGUGCUGAAGCCGUGCCGCAGCACCUGCGAGGCCGUGCAGAAGAAAUGCAGCCAUGCUUUCCAGGGGAUAGAGAUGGCCUGGCCCUACUUCUUGGACUGUGAUCGCUUCUUUGUUGGUGAUGAAGAAGGAUGCUAUGACCCACUGUCAGGGCUCAAAGCGGAGGAAGAUGCCGAGGCUUUGGACGGCAUGGAGAUUCCUCUUCAGGAGGAUCCCCUCGACUCGCUGCAGUUCAAAUAUCACACCAAUCCUCAGAUGAUCAGCAUUUUGAAGAAAACCGAGGAGCAGUGCCCCAGCAUCGCCAGGACCUACAGCAUCGGACGCAGCAUGGAGGGCCGGGAGCUGCUCGUCAUCGAGUUCUCAAACAACCCAGGUCAACAUGAACUGCUGGAGCCGGAGAUGAAGUACAUUGGCAACAUGCACGGAAAUGAAGUCCUGGGCCGCCAGCUGCUGAUCUUCUUGGCUCAGUAUCUGUGCUCGGAGUAUCUGCUGGGGAACGAGCGCGUGCAGAACCUCAUCAACACCACCCGCAUCCACAUCCUGCCCUCCAUGAACCCCGACGGGUACGAGGCGGCUGUCUCUGGACUCCAGGACCAGGACAGUAACUACGGCGACGAGGAGGAGGGUCAACGAUACGAAACCUGGAAUAUCGGUCGAAGCAACGCUCAGAACAUCGACCUGAACAGAAACUUCCCUGAUUUGACCUCCGUUGUUUACAGCCGACGCAGACAAAGGACAUACCGAACUGACCACGUCUCAAUCCCAGACUAUUACUGGUUUGGUAAGGUUGCACCGGAGACGUACGCGGUGAUGAAAUGGAUUCGCUCCAUCCCCUUCGUGCUCUCUGCCAACUUCCACGGCGGUGACCUGGUGGUGUCGUACCCCUUCGAUCUGUCCAAACACCCGCUGGAACACAACCUCCUCUCCCCAGCACCGGACGAUCAGGUUUUUAAGUUUCUGGCCGGAAGAUACGCAAACUCCCACGAGAGGAUGUCCAACGAAAACGCCAACUGUGGAUCGUCUCGUGGCCAGAGUGUGAAAGGAAUCGUGAACGGAGCCCAGUGGUUCAGCAUCGCAGGAAGUAUGCAGGACUUCAACUACCUUCACACCAACUGCUUGGAGGUGACAGUGGAGCUCGGCUGUGAUCGAUUCCCCCCCGAGGAGGAGCUCUUCAUCGGCUGGCAUGAGAAUCACGAGGCUCUGCUUACAUUCAUGGAACUGGUCCAUCAUGGCAUUAAAGGCAUCGUACAGGAUGAGGGGGGGAAUCCAAUAAAAGGUGCAAGGAUUUCCAUCAGAGGAGUACGACAUGAUAUAACCACAGGUGAAACUGGAGAAUACUGGCGCCUCAUCAACCCCGGCAGCCACGUCGUGGGCGCCUCAGCCUCGGGCUACACCCGUGUCAUGAAGAGAGUGCUCCUGCCUCGUCGUAUGACCACCGCCGGCCGGGUGGACUUCGUGUUGCAGAAGGCGCCGCUGGAGCCCGACGUGCAGGAGGAGGACGCCACCAUCCCGUCCACUUACGACCGCUUUGACCCUUACAACCAGUACGAGCGCUACACCUCGGCGGCUGACCUGAGCCAGACCCGCGAGGAGAGGUCAGAGAAGCCCUGGUGGUGGAGCUACUUUGUCCUGCCAGGUCGGCCUGCCCCCACCUGGCUGCUACAGCACUACUAGAGCUUUCACGAGAGAAGUCCUGCAGGUAUACACACACACGCCAGGCUUCCAUGUAAAGGACGUGCAUUUAUGAAUGUAUAUACACAGCUGAAACGUGUAGCGCUAGCUGGCUGGCCCUGAGCUUUCACACUUUUAGUGCUUGAUGUUUUUAUAAAAUCUUAAUAUAAGCACCUCUAAUCCCCUAGUGAGCGUCAAUCAGGAUUUCACAGAGAGCUUGGAGUCUGCUUCAGUGUACAACCGUGAUCAAAUGUAAGACUUAUAUUUGUAUUUUACAGCAUAAAUAAAGAAUUUUAAUGUGA